UCGCUCUCAACACCAGCCAACAUAUAGGCAUGGCGUCCUCCGGGAGCGCUUCUUGGGUUACACUUGCGCUGCUCCUCUUCAUCACUCUGGCUGCCACCGCCAAUGGCGACGAGCUCUCCGCAAGUUACUAUGAGAAGACGUGCCCCAACGUGCAGCACGUCGUGCGGUCAGUGAUGGCGAGCAGCGUCGCCGCCCAGCCGAGGAUGGCGCCCGCCGUCCUCCGCCUCUUCUUCCACGACUGCUUCAUCAACGUAUAUAAGCAUCUCUACUACUUCUACGUAUAUUCUUACCUACACUAUGGUUCCAUUUGCUAAUGCUACGAUCCAUAUAUGGCGUCACAGGGAUGUGAUGCUUCUGUUCUCCUGGACACAGCUCCCUUCUCCGCCAGCGAGAAGGAUGUAGAGCCGAACGCCUCCCUCACCGGCUACACCGUCAUCGACGACAUCAAGUCGCACGACUGCCCGGCAACCGUCUCCUGCGCUGAUGUUAUCGCCCUGGCGUCCCGCGACGCCAUCGCCCUGCUCGGAGGUCCCACCUGGAGCGUGCCCCUCGGCCGCAAGGACUCACGCUUCGCCGCCAACCCGGAGUCCACCGAGAAGGGCCUCCCGAGCCCGCACGACAUCCUCGGCGAGCUCGUCACCAUGUUUUCAAGGCUCAACCUCGACGCGCGUGACAUGACCGCGCUCUCCGAUGCCCACACCGUCGGGAUGGCCGACUGCAUGCACUACAGCGACCGCGUCUACAGCACCGACCGCGAUGAGGAGAUCGACCCAUCCUUCGCACAGACCAUGCAGCUUAUGUGCCAGGGUCCUUCCGGUAAGGCGCCGUUUGACGUGCAAACUCCGAUGAGGUUUGACAACGCUUACUACCGCAACCUUAUCGCGCGGCGCGGCCUCCUCACCUCCGACCAGACUCUCUACGGCGGUGGAGGCCUGCAGGACAAUCUCGUGGAGAUGUACAGCACCGAUGGUGAAGCAUUUGCGAGGGACUUCGCCAAGGCCAUGGUGAAGAUGGGAAACGUACCUCCACCCAUGGGAAUGCCCGUGGAGGUGAGGCUCAAGUGCUCAACGGCCAACUAUUGAUUGCUUGAUCCCAAGUGCAUCAUGCAACCGGGCAUGUUUAUACUGGAUUCAAUUAUUAAAUGUACAAAUUGUAACAGUACUCGUGUUCAAAUUUUUUGCCCAUAUAAUGUCGUCUUGACAGAAUGUUUGA